AUGCUGCGGGAACUUUUUACGCAAAUAGAGCUAGGUGAUCAGACACCUUCCCAGCUCAUGCGUCACAUGCGCUCACUUCUCGCUGGUAGGCACAUGGACGACGCCAUUUUUCGCGAGAUUUGCUUAGAAAAGAUACCGGUGCCAAUGCAACAGAUUUGGGCUAUGUUGGACUCGAAUACACCCUUAGAUAAGCUAGCUACCCACGCUGACAGAAUCCAAGAGUGUUACCCCAUUGGUGCCUCGUGUUGCAAUAUUCAACAGCCCCCGCCUUCCAAAGGCAAGCCCCAUCAUGACAUUGACUCUGAUUCAGAAGGUCCAGCAUUAUCAUAGCACGACAUUCCCUAUACGGAAAAAGCACCAAGCUGUUGCACAACCCGACGAGCGCCCACAUCAGCCGGUCCUCCUAGAACACCCACCGACGCUUAUCGCACCGAUUACGACGACAUAAGAGACACUGUGCGCCUCCUUUGCACUCAGGUGAGCAACAUGUGCUCUGCUCUUAACGGUCUUCAACCGGCUAGAAAACAUCCAUACUCACAUUGGCGGUCUAAAUCCCGUGAGCGGCGUUCACAACCAUUAUGUUGGUAUCAUCGCACUUAUGGCCCGAAAGUGCAUAACUCCUUGUUCGUUCGCUCGUCCUUCCCAGUUAAACGACCACGCCAGCCAGUAAUUUUGACGACUGCUGCUGGCCCGUCGCGACCCAGUCGCCUUUUCUUUAUCAACGACAAGUCGAGCGGCCUCCGUUUCCUUGUUGGUACCGGUGCCGAGGUCAGUGUCAUCCCGCCUCUAAGGCGUCACCGCCUCAAGCCUUCGCAAUUCUCAUUGAAGGCUGCAAAUAGCACCACAAUCAGCACCUACGGCCAACGGUCCCUCACUUUAGAUCUUGGUCUCCGGCGACGUUUCCAAUGGGUCUUUAUUGAGGCUGACUUCAAAGCGCCCAUUAUCGGAGGCGACUUUUUGUCAUCUUUCGGCUUAACAGUCGAUUUCAGACACCGUCACCUCACAGACACGGCCACCCAACUCUUUACUAUAGGUACCAUUAGCUCUGAACGUUCGGUAGGCAUUCAUCUCAUCAUCCCCAGCACCCCUGUAGCUGACAUUUUGAAGGACUACCCGUCCAUCACUAAACCAUGUCAUUUUACCGAAACCGUUCAACACGGAGUGAAACACCACAUUGUCACGGCAUGGAAAUCAGUGCACGCUCGUCCGCGUAGACUCCACACUGAGAAGCUCCGAAUAGCAAAGAAUGAAUUUGAACAUAUGAUGAAUCUGGGCAUUAUACGCCCUUCAUCUAGCCUAUGGGUCUCACCGCUUCACAUGGUGCCAAAGAAGUCAUCUGACGAUUGGAGACCGUGCGGUUAUUAUCGAGCCCUAAACAGGUCCACAAUUCCUGACCGGUACCCCAUUCCCCACAUUCAUAACUUUUCCCACAUGUUAGCCGGUAAAACUAUUUUUUCCAAGAUAGACCUCGUCAGGACGUACCACCAAAUCCCGGUCGCUGAGGAAGAUAUCCCAAAGACCGCUAUCACGACACCCUUUGGGCAGUUCGAAUUUAUUCGCAUGCCUUUCGGUUUGCGCAAUGCUCUCCAGUAGUUUAAUCGCUUUAUCGAUGAGAUCUUGAGGGCCCUUCCAUUCGCUUACGCCUACAUCGACGACAUACUCGUUGCAAGUUCUUUGGCAGAGGAACAUGCCUCGCAUUUACGCCUCAUAUUCGAUCGUUUCCGGCAACACGGUGUGCAAGUAAACGUCGACAAAUGCGUUUUUGGCGUUAAUUCUCUCGAUUUCCUUGGCCAUUACGUCGAUCAGCACGGAAUCACUCCACUUACAGAGAAGGUGCAAUGCGUCUUGUCUUUCCCUGUUCCCAACACACUCACUCAGCUGCGACGUUUCAUAGGCCUUAUCAACUAUUACAGACGUUUUAUUCCCCAUUGUGCGGCAAUCCUGGCUCCCUUGAUUGACCUUUUGAAGUCGAAAGCAAAACCUAUUGAACUUUCACCGGCAGCCCAUACAGCUUUUGAGGAAGCGGAGAAGGCUCUUGUCGAUGCCACCAUGCUACACCACCUUAGCUCUGACGCUCAUGCACAGCUCAUUCUGACCACUGACGCUUCCAGCAGUGCUGUCGGCGCAGUCUUGCAUCAACAGGUGAAUAACCAGUUGCAGCCUUUAGCUUUCUUUUCACAGAAGCUACAACCGGCGCAGACUCGCUACAAUACUUUCUCUCGCGAGCUCCUUGCCGUCUACUUGGCCAUACGUCACUUUCGACACCAUUUAGACUGCAGAGACUUUUCGGUCCGCACCGACCACAAACCUCUCACUUACGCCCUCAAGGCCAAGCUAGAUCGCUACUCGCCCAGGGAAGUUCGUCACCUGGACUAUAUAUCGCAGUUAACUGCAGAUAUCCGCCACGUCCGAGGCAGCGACAAUGUCGUUGCUGAUGCAUUAUCCCGUCCGAACAUCAACACACUCACAUCCGAUUUCGACCUGACGAAGCUUGCAGACCUCCAAACCGCAGACGAGUCCAUCGCGGACUUUCGUACGUCUACUGCUCUGCAGCUUCGAGAUGCACCACUUCCUGCGUCACCAGGUACGAUUUUGUGCGAUUGGUCCACAGGCACCCCUCGUCCUGUUGUUCCACUAUCCUAUCGUCUUUGGCCGAAGAUGAAUUUCGACAUUGCUCUUUGGACCAAACAGUGUCUCGCAUGCCAGAAGAACAAGGUGCAUCGACACACCUUCUCCCCUCCAAGUACCUUUGCGGUCGCGGACGUUCGAUUUAAUCACGUUCACUUGGAUUUAUUCGGACCGUUACCCCCUUCACAUGAGUACACACAUAUCCUGACGGCAGUUGACCGUUUGACACGAUGGUCGAUUGCCGUUCCUAUCUCGGAUACCUUGGCAGAAAAUAUCGCCAUAGUUUUUCUGUCCCGCUGGAUGUCAACUUUUGGUGUUCCAGCCACCCUUACCACUGACUGCGGAAGUCAAUUCCAAGCUAGCCUCUUCCGUGAGUUCACCAGACUGCCCGGGUAUGCGCACAUCACAACCACGGCAUACCAUCCUGCCUCCAUCGGCCUCGUUGGGGGUCUACACCGCUAA